ACGUAUCUCCAAUCCCCGUCACGGCAUCCCACAACGACUCGUCGCUCCUUCAUCACCCUCGUCGGCGGUCGCGACGGAAGUGCGCCUCGCGUUCCCGCAUCGCGCGCACCAAUCUCCGCCCGACCUCACCUUCACCACCACCCGCAGCGAUACGAGUAUCGCACACCAAUGAUCCCACCGUACUCGGCACCCGCUGCGGCAUCGCUGUCGCAACCCUGUUGGUGACUGACACACCCGUCCGAGGACAAUGCCAGUCGCGAAUCACGCUACACACGACAAGCCAACUGCUCCGCCCGCCUCCAAAUGGACCCCGAACAAGCAGGAGCGAGGGCUGAUCGAUGCGCUCGACGCCACGGUCGAUCGUAUACGCAAGGUCACCGCGCCCGACCCGUACAUGCUCACGAUCCCGCAGCACGUCGAAGAUCGGUAUCGUCACGGUAACGUUCACGUCGCGGACGCCUGGCUCGCUUCCACUCCCUUUCGGCGCAAUGAGGAGGAAGUCGUGCAAUAUCAGACCUUCGUCUUUCAUGAGCCGAGCACCAACAUGUUUGUACAACUGCCCAAUCGGCCCCAAGAGGUUUCAGUCGCGAACUCGACCUACAGUCGUCCGAAACGUACCGAUGUUGUGUCGGCCGGGCCCAAGAAGACCAUCAGCUUGGAUGCGUACAAGAAGAAGCAAGCGGCAGCCGCAACCACUCCCGAAGGCGAGGCGGCGCAGAGCAAUGGAACUCCCGGCAAACCUCCGGCAGUCAAGGGACCUGUGGAGAGGAUCAAGGCUGAGAACGAGGACAUAUUGAUGGCGGUGGGCGACGACGAGGAGCGGACGACACCAGUGAAGAAGACUGCUGCCGCGCCGAGCUCGAAGUCCGUGCCGGACAUGAAACGGAAAUGGGAGGACGAGCAAAAGGCGAAGCCCGACUCGGGACGUCGGGUUGAGGCGCAUCAAUCGUUGGAGGACACACCGAUCGCGAAGAAGGCGCGGACUGGGAACAAUGCGCCGGUUGAGAGUGAUAGCAAGGCACGGCUACCGAUUCCACCAAAACCCGUCUCAGCGCAGAAUCAUUUGGGACAACGCGAGAGUAGGCUCAGGGCCAGCGAUGUGGUUCCGCGAGGCUCUCCAGGUCUGCCUCCGAGGAUAUCGCCGAGCCUCAUGCCGACCAAGCUAUCUCCAUUGAACGCACUGGGCAUCACUCGCGACAAAAGCGAUGCUGAGAAUAACGUUGCGAUCCCCCCGCGAUUGUCUCCUCUUCUACCGGCAAGCAUUCGCAAGGCGUUGGAAGCCAGGAAGAAUGCUGCGCGGAAUUCCAAAACUGCAUCGACCAUUGUCAAGGACAGAGAAGGCAAAUUGACGCCUGUCUCGACCGCCGGUGGCAUUGAGAAGAACAAGACCGCAAAGAAUGCCACACGCCAUGUCUCCCGUACGGGAUCGAGCUCUCCCGUAGAGGCCUCCAAAUCGCAUCCCACCAAGGAGCUGGAGACUGUGGCGGAAGGUGAUGUUGCAGAGAGCAGGGAUGUCAAGGCGGAGGUCACGGAGGAGUCGACGUUGCUCGUGCGACUGAAAUACAAGAAAUCGCGACGGGAAGAUAUACUCCGCAUCUUGAAAAUGCGACCCCGGGCUGCCAAAACCCUUCCAAGCAGAUCCUGGGAGGACGGCGAGAUUGUGGAGAACAGCAGCAACGAUCGUCGUGGCGGCGGCCCCGCACGUCCCGACGUGUCGGCCAAAGGCGUCGCACAAAAGGUCGGGCCGACGCAGAAACGUCGAGCCCCGUCGGAUGAGAGUCCCCCUGUGCCCGAUGCGAAAAGUACAAAUACCGAUGCGGCGGCCAAACAGCGUCGACGACAGCAAGACGCGGUGGAUCACCCCCCGGCUGCCAACCGGCAACCGUCCACCCCUGCCCGACACGGCCGCUCUUCACCCCUGCCCGGCCCUGCAAGCACACAUAAAUCCCACGCGGCCGCCAACACAACCCGCAGAGAUCUCCUCUCGGCGGCCGCCAUGAAACGCGAGCAUUCACAAGACAGCCUGCUCGCGGUGGCCACCCCUCCCGCCUUCUCCACCCCAAACGCGAACCCUCUCGCCGGCGGCGGCACCCACUCCCGCCCGCCUUCGAGCCACCCGCAAAACACCGUCCCGAGCUCCACCACCCCGGCGACCAAGACCGCCAAACAGACCGCCUGGGACGCCGAGGUCGCCCGCCUCUCCGCCCUCGGCCGCGAGCUCAAGCACGCCGCCACCGCGCACGCCACCGCCGCCGCCACCACCCCUCCCCCCGCCGACCGGGCCGUCCAGCAGAAACUCGCGGCGGUCAAAUCCCUCGAGAGCGUGCUCGCCUACUUCCUCGCCUUCACCGCCGCCGACCAGUCCUGCAUCACCUCGGACCCGCGCCAGGCGCCCCUGCCCCGCCCCUGGAUUACCCUCCGCGGCUUCUUCCCCCUGGUCAAGCGCCUGACCGACCCCUUCCCCGCCCUGUCCGGCCUCGCCUGUCACCUCGGCGCCGUCUUCACCGCCCACAUCCUCGACCUCUACGCCACCCACCCCUCCCUCUCCGCGGACAAGGCCGGCGCCUUCCCCCGCGAAUCCGCCCUGGAAUACCACGCCCACCUCCAGCAGGCCCUGCGCGAAGCCGAAUCGAAGCUCGACGUCGACACCCUGGUCGAGAAACUCCCCCGCACCUGGGCUAACCGCGCCCGCCACACCGCUUCCUCGGCGGCGGCGUCGGCGGCGGUGAACGACCCGGACCUCCACACCCCGGGGAGAUUCUCCGGCCCGUAUCGCCUGCCCAUCUCCCCCGCGGCCUCGCCGCUCCGCGCCGCGCGCGCGGCCUGGCAUAUCCUCGGGGAGUGGGCGGAGGGGAACGGCGUCGUGGGGUACGAGAUGCGGUUGAAGUUGGGUUAGGGGGACGGGGCGCUCACAUUUGAGUGACGAUGAUGAUGACGGGGAUUUUUCUGGGAAAGUCGGCUUCGGGCGUCCUGUGCUUUGGGUCUCUCUGGAGGGAUCGGAUUGUUUGCGGGGUGGAUUUUCCAUUGGGUUGAGGGGGUUCUGU